AUGUUCAAUUCAAUUCUUCUUCUCGUUCCUAUCAUCCAUGCAUUGUUGUUUACCUCUGUCAAUUCAAUGCGGUUUACCCUCAAAUCAGGUGAACCCAAAUGUAUCAGUGAGGAUAUCAAAGGAAAUGCCAUGACCGUCGGUAAUUACUCCGUCGUUAAUCCCGGUGAAGAAGGGUAUCCAAUUCCUGAUUCUCACAAGAUAACUGUCAGGGUUCGAUCACCUUAUGGGAAUAAUUUCCAUUUUGGGAAUCAUGUGGGUUCUGGUAAUUUUGCAUUUACAACAACUGAAGCGGGUGACUACACAGCUUGUUUUUCAGUGCUGGAACGCAAACCGGCGAUAACUGUCACGAUAGAUUUUGAGUGGAGAACUGGUACGGCGGAGAAGUACUGGUAUAAGAUUGCGAAAAAAGAUCAGGUUGAGGUAAUGGAAUACGAGUUACGUAGGUUGUAUGAGAGUGUCUCAUUCAUCCACGAUGAGAUGUUUUAUCUUCGUGGAAGGGAGGAAGAGAUGCAAGAUCUUAACAGAACGACUGAUAAUAAGAUGUUUACAUUCAUUUUUCUUUCUAUCACAGUUUGCUUGUCUGUUGCUGGUUUGCAACUAUGGCAUUUGAAGACAUUCUUUGAGAGAAAGAAGCUUCUCUAA